GUUGAAGACCCCAGCACCUGUGAUAUUGUCAAGGCUACGCAGUAUGGAAUGAUAGACCGAUGCAAAGAAUUGGUAGAAGCAGGAUAUGAUGUUCGACAACCAGACAAAGAAAAUGUGACUCUUCUUCACUGGGCAGCAAUAAACAACAGACAGGAGCUGGUUAAGUAUUAUAUUUCCAAAGGUGCAAUAGUGGAUCAGCUAGGUGGAGAUUUGAAUUCAACUCCCCUUCACUGGGCCAUUAGACAAGGACAUCUACCUAUGGUGAUGCUGUUGUUGAAAUGUGGAGCAGAUCCCAGUCUUAUUGAUGGGGAAGGAUUCAGUAGCAUCCAUUUAGCAGUGCUGUUCCAACAUGUGCCCAUUGUAGCUUACCUCAUAUCCAAAGGCCAGAACGUAGACACAACAGACUUCAAUGGACAAACACCUUUAAUGUUAGCAGCACAAAAAGCCAUUGGACCAGAACCCACGAGGUUUCUCUUAAAGUUUAACCCCUCUCUCAAUGCUGUAGACAAUGUUCAAAAGAACACUGCACUGCAUUGGGCAAUAGCAUCAGGAAAUACUAGUGCAGUGGAUCUGUUGCUGGAAGCUGGUGCUAGCCUGGACAUAAAAAAUGUCAAGGGAGAGACACCGCGUGACCUUGCUUAUCAAAGCCUGAAUCGCUUCAUGGUUUAUAUGGUAAAAGAGGAAGAAAGAAUGAGGAGCAAAAGAAAUAAUAUAUUACUGAAAAUAGUAGACAAAUAUGAGCUCGUCCUGCUGUUCGCGUCUUCCUUGACAUUUAUGUGGGCCAUAGGAUACGUCAUGAACUUAAGUUCUGAUUCUUGGCUUUUGAAAGGAGGUCUUCUCCUCUUCCUGCUGUUUGGGAUGGCUCUGUUUGUGAGGUUUCUUGUUGGGCUCAAGAAUCUAAGGUACCUUCCCACAGCAUUUCUGCUUAGCUCCGUUUUUUUGAUGUCUGUGACCUGUUUUUUCUGGUUCCUGCCUGAUAUCCUUUAUACUGAAGAAAUUCAGUAGAACUCUCCUUAACACUUUUCUGUCAUGCUAAGCGUUGUGGGUCUUCUUUAUUAUUUCUAUAAAACUUGGAGAACCGAUCCUGGAUAUAUUAAGACUUCAGAAAAAGAAAGGAAAGAGAACAUUGUAGCUCUUGCAGAAGCAAAUUGCUUGGACUUCAGAACAUUUUGCACAUCAUGUCUUGUAAGGAAGCCUUUGAGAUCUGUGCAUUGCCUUGCUUGUGAUUCAUGUGUAGCCAAAUACGAUCAGCAUUCUCUGUGGACUGGACAGUGCAUAGGCAUUGGGAACCAUCGUUACUACCUGCUGUUCCUGUCAUUCCUAACUAUGACCGGUGUCUGGGUGCUUUACGGAACUCUUCUGUAUUGGACAAGUCAUUGUCCAACAAGUUAUCAUCAAGAUGGAGCAUGGAUGUACUUCACACAGAUAAUCUGUUGUUCCCCAUGGGUUUCCUAUAUGUUUGUACUGGCCUGUUUUCAUACUGGAUGGGCUUCAUUGUGGCUGACUGUUCAGCUCUAUCAGAUUGCAUUCUUGGGAUUGACGUCGCAUGAAAGAACGAACCUCCUGCUGCAGAGAAAAUCUUCUAAGCAUGCUGUUUCGCUCAGGAGAACUCCAUACAAUCUUGGAUGCUUCCAGAACCUUGCAGACUUUUUUCAGUGCAGUUGCUUUGGUAUGUUCAAACCCAAUGUAGUUGACUGGACCAAGCAGUACAACGUUUUUUAUCUGGCAAAGGAGAAAACUGUUCAUUCUGUAUGA